AUGCCCGCGGUUGCCCACGCUGGAACCUCUUCGUCAAUUAUUACCCUCGCUUCAUCCGCCAUUUGCUGCUGGAAGGCCGAAGCAGUGAUUUGGGCGAGGUACAAGGCCAAGUGGCGCCUGGUAGUUUACAACAGCACCGGUCAUUGUCAAACAUCGUCCUACAACGAUGUGGAACAUCUUCGACAAUUGCGCCGAGGCUUGCGGGCAACUACGGGUGUUUCUGCUGCACCGGAUAUCCCGGCCAGGAAUAUCUCGACGAUCGCCCGGUACACUGGUCCACCCAUCCUGAGCCAGUCUUCUCAACAAGGUGGCGCCGUCCAGCAGUCCACACCAGCGAGACUCCGUUCCAGGAUGAGUACUUCUCCCGGUCCAUCUUUUGCUUCUAACAACGGCAAAUCAACGGCGCCGUCGUCCCCAAAGAAACCUUGUACUCCUUCUGAAGGAAGUGGAAGCGAAGUACUUGACGCUCUGCCGGAAAUGGUCAACCCAAGAUCGACCAUCAAACCCUCUCCUUCCACCACUUCUCUCCCGCUAACUGCCUCUGGGAUCCUUCGAGCGACACCGUCCCCGCCCCACGACGCGUCGCUGUCACCGCCAAAUGCAACACCGUCUCCACAGGAGAAUGCCAGUAUGCAGUCUCAACGGCACAGCCCCUCGGAAAUUGCAGCAGACGGCCACCGCGGGGGCCUCAAAACAAAAGCCGAGCUUUGGCUCAUUCGACGCGACCGCAGCUCAAGUCAAAUCUCCCGCCGGAAGGGAAAGCACCACAAUGUCGUCCAGCCGACUGGAUUGGGGGCCUGGAAGGUGCAAGAGACAACGACCUUACCUCUGCCGGCACUGUCAUUCCCAUCCAAGCGCAGCAAGAAUCGAAAAAAAGCUCCGAGCCCUUCGGAAACUGCAGCAAUCGGCCUCCGCGGGGCCUCAGAACAAGAAGGCUCGUUCGACGAGGCAACCGCUGCCCCGCUGCCUUCAGAUGCUGCAACGGCUGCCGACGCGACUGCAAUUGCAGAGACGCUGGUAGCGCCGGAAGUGUCGGUCUCCCCUGCGGCACUGCCAAAACCCUCGGUUACCGGACCCAUGACAGCCCAAUCGACCCCCAUACCGGUCACAACCAGAGGUGUUGCACUUGGCGGUGGAUUUCGGCUCCAACACCGCCAAGUGCAGGAUCUACUGUUGCGGGCGCGGGCGCUGAGCCUUGAGCUUGGCGAGUGUGACGCCCACGACCCCGGCUCCAGUAUCGAGGGCAAAAAAGCCGUCAAUUGGCCCAGCGCCCUUCGCAACCAUCAUCCCUUGCCGACCUCUCGACCGCCCAGCACAUCUACGAUGGGGUCGAUGCCAGCGAUGACGGCCGCAGACUGGUCGGCCGGUCGCCAGGCACAUGCGUUGGCGAGACCGCCUACACCGUCGGAGACACCGAUUCCCAAGAGCAUCAUGCCCUGGGAUAGCUGCCCAGCAGCAGAAGGUGUCUCUCCGUUCACAGUGGCCGGCGGACCAAACGCAGUUACACAAAUCGACCUGCCAACGUUUCUCGACGAUUCGUCCAACCUACCAGCGGUCAAGCAUGACGAGUGGGGCUGGAGCCCAAGCGUCCGCAAUGGCUCGGCCGCCCACACCUUCCGACACACCCAUUGCAGAAAUAAUCACGCCGGGCAUUGCUGCCCAACAACAGCAGCAACAGGUCUCAUUGCCGUCGUUCCUGGCGGACCUGGCAUCGGUCACGCAAUUCCAACUACCGACGUCACGCAGGCACCCCUCCCGCCUUUGUUGCCGUCACACAGUUGUAACUACCCACGUCGUUGGACGACCUCUCCCAACUGGUCGCAGUAG